AUGUCCACGUUUACAUUCAGUACAACAGAAAAGAACAAACCUUUAUUAAAUUGUAAAGGCUUUGCUUAUACUAUCGAUAAAGCAACUGACGAUAAAACUUAUUGGAAAUGUGGACAUGUUCGAAAAUUUAAAUGUAAAGGACGAAUUCACACUAACUGUGCUCAUACAACAUUAUUACAUGAAAACGAUAGUCAUAAUCAUCCUGCACUUAAUUCAAACGAAGCUACACAAAAUGUUAUUGAUUAUUGUCUCACGAAUUUAUCUGAUCAUGCUGUAGCUCGUGUUCCUGAUUUUAAACAUGUUAAACGAAAUAUUCGAAAUCACCGAGUAAAAAAAGAUUUGCCCGAAAUUCCACAUGAUAAAACAUUUAAUGUAAUUCCGGAUAAAUUAACAACAACAAAACGAAACAGUUUGUUUCUACAAUUUGAUUCUGAUCCAGGCAAUGAUCGUAUUAUUAUAUUUGCAUUAGCUGAACAACUUCAACUUCUUGAAAGUGGCGAACAAUUAUUAGUCGAUGGAACCUUCAAGGUCUGUAACACCAUCGAUUUUUUAUCAAUUAUACGCUAUGCACGUGGUUUAUCGAAAUGCUGUUUUACCUGUCGUAUUCGCAUUAUUACCAAACAAACUCAACAAACUUAUCGUCGUCUUAUUGAUGAAUUAUCAGGAAUUUGCUCAUUAUGGAGUCCAAAAUUUAUAAUGGUGGACUUUGAACUUGCAUCAAUAAAUACAUUCGGUGAUAAAUGUUCAUAUAUAAAAGAUUGA